AUGGUUGAUUUAGUUGGAAGGAAUGAAAACCUGCUUAGAUGCUCUCAGUGUAAAAUUGCCCGAUACUGUGGUAAACACUGUCAGAAAGAAGACUGGCAGGACCACAAACGGGAAUGCAGGUGUCUUAAGAGCAUUGAGCCCAAUAUUCCUCCUGACUCUGUGAGACUUGUUGGAAGGAUUGUUUUUAAACUACUUAGAGAAUCAGCAUGUCCUUCUGAGAAGCUCUACACUUUGGCUGAUCUUCAGUCAAAUAUUGAAAAGCUAAGUGAAGAAAUGAAAGAGGGCCUUGGGCACCUUGCGCAAACAUUACAGCUUUAUUUGAAAGCAGAGGUCCAGGAUGCUUCUCAGCUGUCACCUGCAAUAGACAUUUUUCAGAUCUUCGCAAAAGUGACAUGUAACUGUUUCACCAUCAGUAAUGGAGAGAUGCAGGAUGUUGGUGUUGGCCUGUAUCCCAGCAUGUCUCUGCUGAACCACAGCUGUGACCCAAACUGUGUGAUUGUUUUUGAGGGAUACCAGCUUCUACUUCGUUCAGUCCGGGAGAUCCAGAUUGGUGAAGAGCUCACCAUUAGCUAUAUUGAGUCGCUGAUGCCCAGCAAUGAACGCCAGAAACAACUGAAGCGCCAAUAUUGCUUUGAAUGUGACUGUCUUCAAUGCCAAACACAGAACAAGGAUGCUGACAUGUUGGCAGGUGAGGAGCAAGCAUGGAAAGAAUGCAGAGAUGCUGUAACCAAAGUGAAAAACCUCAAAUCACCAGAAGAGUGGGAGCAAGUUCUGGUGACAUGCCAGACUCUUCUAAAUAACAAUGCUGAUUGUCUCCCAGACAAAAACAUCUAUCAGCUAAAACUGCUUGACUGUGCCAUGGAUGCCUGUAUUAAUCUUGGACUUUGGGAGCAAGCUUUGCAUUAUGGCAACAGGACACUGGAACCAUACAGAUUCUAUUAUCCUGGCUUUCAUCCUUUGAGGGCUGUCCAGAUGAUGAGAGUGGCCAAAUUGCAGUGUAGUCAAGACAUGUUUUGUCAAGCUCUGGAAACCUUGAAGCAGGCUUAUAACAUUAUGAAAGUAACACAUGGAACGGACCACAGCCUGGUACAAACCCUGAUGGAACUUAAGGAACAAUGCGAGGCUGGCAGGAGAGCACAGUGAGGAAAUCCCACAAGCUGGGAGACUGGCAUUCAGAGGAAAAGGAAAGGAAAUGUUUUCUUUCCGUGACACUGAAUGGCAAAAUCUCUCUACAGGCCUGAGCCAAAGUCUUUUGAUUUUAUUGGAAAGAUUCCCAUUGAUUUUUUCUAGGCCUUUGAUCAGGCCUUAUUUGCUUUGCUAAAAUGUUGAAUGUGCAUUAGCUUAGCUGCUUUCCUAUAUAAUUUUCCUUACUGAAUUCAUACUGAGGGGGAAUACAUGCCAUUUUCAAGGAGAGCUGGCUGUCUACAAAGCAAUGUGUUAGUAUACAUGUCUUAGUAUUUGAUGGGGGUAAUAAAAGCAUAUAUUUCUAUGGAA